AUGCGGUUUUUCACUGCUCUGCUCCUCGGCUCCCUCGUCGGCUUCGCCGCCGCGUCGGAAGAUGGGGUUGUAAACGACGCCACUGAUGCGGCAGUCAGUGAACCCGCGCUCGACUCCGACUCUGAGGUUGAACAGUAUUUGCUGGAAGGCGAAAGAGAACUCGAAGGCCUGCUUGGAACCGACACGUAUCCGCUUCAUCAAAUGCUGCAGACAAUGAUCCGGAUCUUGUCCACCCGAUUCGACGUUGAUGAGGUCGACCUUGCACAGGUGGCAAAGAUGCAAAUGGAGAGAUUGGGCCAAAUGACAGCUGAGGAUAUCCAGGCAAAAGUUGAGUCGCUUCUGCAAAGCGAAAGCCCCGAUCUGAAUGAGGCCGGUCUUCGUGAACUUCUCGACGCUCUCAACCUGGAAGAUAUGACGGAAGCCGAUGGUAUUUAA